AUGGACAAUGUGCGAAGUAAUGCGCAAUUUUGCUGGCGUCGAACAAAAGAGUGUUGCGCGGAUAUUUGGUCCUGGUUAACCUGGUUCACGAUGAGUUUGCUAGAUCUGUGUGGUUUGGCACCCAGUGCUCGACGAGCAGCUGCUGGCAAAAAUCGUGACAUCGAGCGUGGCGGCGUUGGUGGAGCUACUGGAAAAGUAGCUACGGAGUUAGGACCUGGCGAUUUGGCACGAAUGAGCGACAGCGGCAAGAAAAUAAGCGGCAUCGGCGGUGGCGCCGGUGCUGGAGGUGCCGGAACACAAGUUCACAAGGUAAUAAUGGUUGGCACAGGUGGCGUUGGCAAAUCAGCACUAACCCUACAGUUCAUGUACGAUGAAGUGAGUUUUGCAGUGUUUCUCCUCUUUUUUUGGGGUUCUUUAUUUUCGUUCAGGUUUUAA